AUGAGCUCUACCGGAGAUGAGGUGCCCACUGCUGCGAGCGGAGAACAGAUCCGCCCGGUGCAGGAGGGCCGCGAUGCGGAGCUUGCAAGUUUGCAACUGCAGAUUUCGCAAUUGGCGGCCCUGGUGGAGGAGUCGGUGAAGAAGGAGGAGUCGGUGAAGAAGGAGGAGUCGGUGAAGAAGGAGGAGCCUGGCAACGUCGUGGCGGAUGCAGCCAGUAGGGGCGGUUGGGUUGCCCCCCCCGGAGGCCAACAAGAGCCCACGCAGCCGCUCGGCGGUGGCGGGGAUUUCUCCAGCAGCAAGCAAGAGACUGUGGACAAGGAACACGUCAUCUGCUGGAAGGCGGCUGGGCCAGCAGAUCGGGAGCGAACCCUGUUGGACCAGCCGGAGUGGGCCCGAGCAUAG